CAAGUAGGUAGAAUGUACCCUGUGUCUGGAGGAGGAAAGAAGCCUGACAACGCUGCCUGCUACUACUUAUCAUUUUAUUAGUACGGGUAGCUGUUGUUGCCUUGUGCCUCUGCUACCUAGGUACCCAAGUCUUCUACAAAGUAAUAGUGGUGCUAGUUGGGCGGCGCGCAAUUUCAUCUCUGCUCGGCACCAUGGAACACCCCUGAUUAAACAGAUUCCAGGCAAAGACAAGAUUUGAUAAUACUUCAGCCACCCGGAAGCGCCUCGGCACCAUUUGGUGUCGCUGAUACCCUUUGGAAUCAUGUAGGAGCUUCGAAUAGGACGAGGACUCCGUCGGUGAUCCUCCUGGCUACCAAAGCACUGUACUGGGCCAGCUGCGAGCUUCCUUCCAGCCACAUUGCGCGGGCUCUCUGAUUUGCCGACUGCGAAAACCCACCGCGACCGAUCCGAUCUGGCCGGGGGCUUCAACUGCUGCCCUGCCAACUUUUUGCUUUGCCGCAGUUGCACUACGACGACGAGUAGCACUAGUCCUGUAACUGCAGCUGGCCAAUCCUGAUGCGGCCACUGCCCCUGCCACUCCUGUUGCGUCGUUCAGAGACAAGACAUUCCCAGAAUAUCACAACUCUUCCGCAACUUGCUAUCCAACCAUCCAUCAUCUUGCUCCGUCUUGCUACUCCGACCGCUUCAGACUCGAGACGCGCAGACACCCGCUCGAUCAUACUUCCAACUCUUCGACCAUACAUGCCAUUUCAAAAGUUCCGGCCGCUGUUCGUCGAGGGCAGCUUCUGAUUCAAUCCCCAUCGAGCAGACGCUCCCUAAACGGGCUCGACAAAUGGGGUCUACACAAUUUGGGAAUUUUCAAGACUUCUGUCGCGACUCGACGCUACCGAUAUGUAAUAUUCUCACGAGUUACAACCAGCCGCCGGGAAAUGGCUAUGGUGGCUGCGUCCUUCGCGGCAUUACACUGAGCAAUAAUAGAUAUCUUGCCAACCUGGGAUCCAUACUUCUCUGCGGUGUUGCCAUUCUGUGCACGCUGUUCCUGCUAUGGCGAGCCGAACGGAAAGCGGCAGCUGUGGGUCGUCGCGAGAUGCAGCUGUUCUUCCUCGGCUUUCUCGUUAUUGAAAUCUGCGAGAUCUUUACUGUGGGCGGCUUUCCACUGGAUAACGAUGUACGCAAGGGCUUUACAGCGGUUCAUCUGGCCGCGAUUACCGCAACAACGUGGUUGCUAUUGAUGAAUGCGUUGGUUGGGUAUCAGUUGAUCGACGAUGGCACGCCGCUGUCGCUUGGUCUUGUGGGAGGAAGCGCCCUCGUGCUCUUCAUUGGAACAGGAUAUAUCGCACUCGACACGGCCUUCUCCUGGACUGGAUAUUGGGAUUCUUCGCUACAACCACCCCAUCGCAACAUUGCGCUUUACGUGCUGUAUCAGCUCGCGCCCUUGGUCUUCAUGUUCCUGUUCUUUGUUCUGGAAUCAAUACUGGUCCUGAGGAUCCUCAGAGAGACAAAGCCAAUGGUCUAUCUGAUUGCGGCCACCCUUCUUUUCGCCAUCGGCCAGAUAUUCGAAUACGUCAUAUCGGUUCACAUAUGCAACCCUACGCACGGCAAAAUCAAUGGCGCGCUUUUCGAGACACUGUUCACCUUGUUGAGUGUCGUGGCACUGUUCGUGUUCUGGUCCUCAAUCACCGAAGACGACUGGCCCAUGCAGUGACAUUCCAAAACCAAAUACGAGCACAACGUUGCCCGAAAACGAGCGGAGUUGAACUAGAAGUGCGUUGACCGCUGUCUCGCACAGCCCGCCAUUCAAUCAGGGCGCGAAGCGUGUCGCUGCUUUGCGGCCCCACGAUUUCUAGGACAGCUCCGGCAGCCGGAGCUUUGACGACCUUGACGCAGCGUUUGGCAUUUUGCAAUGUGGAACAACGGCAUUUUUGGUCGAAGCUUUACAUCACAUCAAUCGAUCUGGGCAUGACACAUGAGACGCUCUAUUCUGCUUCCAGCUGUUCUCGCGGUUGAGCUGUAAUUUAUUGUCAGCGCGGACCUUUAGGUCCAGACAGAAUAGAUAGUAACAUAAUGAUCAACUACUUCUGCACAUGCG